CUUUCCUCACUUGUAGGUAUUUCCCUCCAAACUGGCAGGCUUAACAUUUCUCAGACUCUGCAGGGCUGGAGCUGUAACAGUGCUUGUUCACCCUCUCAAUACUGUCGGCUGCCUCGUUGCACAAACGUUGUAUUCCCCAAAACAUUCAGUGGAUCCGGGACGGUAAGUACUAGGUCAGGAUCCAGAGAAUUUCGUGGCACCAUCCAACAUCACCAGUCGGUAAUGGAAGGUCUUUAGUCGAACAAAACUGAGAAAAUAUUCAUGUCUUUCCAUUCGAUCGAAUUCAUUUUUGAUCGAUCUCUGGAUCGACUCGAUUUUAUUUUGCACUUCUCCCCACGUGAAAUACGUUUCUUGUUUCAUCUGUUCUCUAGUUCCAUGUCUCGCUUUGAGAGGUUAGUGUGAUCGGGUAUCCUCUUCUUACUCGGCUGUCACAGUGCUAACUGCGAUCACAUUUCCUUGGAUAUCAUUCACAGUUUCCAAAUAGUUGCAGGCUGUAUUUUGACCUAAGAUAUUCAGUCGUAAUUAAGGCUCUUUAUCUGGAACUGUAACUUCAAAUACCAAGAAUUAGGAACGGGGAUCAAAAUACAAAUUAGACAAAAUUCACAACGAAGCCCUGGAUACUGUAAAGGCCAGACACCUCUCUCAAGCUCCAGAGAUUAGCACCUAAGAAAUAAUAUUCAUCUUUCCUUCUUAGCAUUAAAGAAGGCAACUCUGAAGAAAUAAAAAAGGAAAGGGUAAAUCCUACAACUUAGUAUUUUCCAACCUGACCAAACAAUGAGUAGCAUCAACAGACUAUGGAACAUCAAGAUGCGUCGGUCAUUUGAAAAUGUUAAGUUAUUUCGCUAGAAAUGCAUCUACAGAUUAUUCCUAUUAUGUUAGCAUAAUCCCUUAUUCGCACCGGCUUCAAAAUUUCAGGUUAACAUUUAUGUGACGGUGAGCCAUGGAGAGAAGUUUUCACGUGUCCAUUCACCCUCAGCUAUGUGGGUUCAGUCCGUCACUACAAGUGACUUUGAGGUGUGUGCACGUGAGUCAGGUAUUGGAUCAAAUGGUACAGGAAUCAUCAACUGGUUGGCUAUCCAAGAUCAUCCACAAAUGACGCGUGGUAGAGUUUCUUUUGAUGGAAUAUGGACAACGGAAACUAAGUGUGACAAAGUUACCUUCUCACAGGUUAGAAAAGAACCAAAACCAAAGUUAAAGGUCAAAACCUCUGAGCAUGUUCUAUAAGAAAGACUUUAGAUCAACUUACUUAGUGAAGCCUGCCCUCUUCAUGUCGGACAGAUUUCUGUGCUCAUCUAGACAGGCUACUCAAUAUUCAGAAAUCUUGGUGGUGGGUUGCAAACUCCGAACCCUGCAAGGUAAAAAGAGAAGUAUUAGGAGAGAUUUCAAUAUUUACCCUCUCAACUAUCCGAUACAUUUCUUCAUCUUGAAGCCACUAUGCAAUUAAAAGUCUUGUGAUUUCUAUUAUAGCUGAGAUAAAUUGACUCCACAUAUAUAAAUUCAUAUAUUUAACCGCAUUGCAGAAUUUUCCUGGAAGACCAUCCGUGUUUGUGUCAGCUAGGUACACACGUGACACAAAGCCGGAUGACGCUAUGUAUGUUUGGUUGGAAAAUGUAAAUUCCAGAAGUUUCGAAGUGUGCAUCCGGGAGUUCCUGCCCUUCGAUGGAAAACAUCAAGACACCUCUGUGGUAAAAGAUAUCUCUAUUGUAUUUUCAUGGGUGGACGUGUAAGCUAACUUUUCUUUUUUCUGUUUUUUGUUCGAUAACCUUGUCGUAGUCUAACGGCAACUCUUGCUUUGCAUUCAUUUAUUGCAGGACUGGUUUGCGUUUGUUGGCAAUGGCUCUGAAUUUAACUUUACGCUGUCAGGAGAAGCAGAUUUUCCAAACAGUAACCCGCCAACAGCUGAAGACAAUUAUGGUUUCUGUCAAGUGAGUGUAAUUUAGUCAAGUUUACUGUAAACUAGGAGGAGUUAUUUUUAGGAAAAACAGAGUAAGUGUCAUGCGUAUUGUGUCUCAUAUAAAUUUUUUACCUCUUUUACCUCUUUAGAAAGUGCAGUUUAACACAACCUUUUAUGCUUCACCCAUUGUCCUCGUGUCUGUGCAUCAUCUGUACAACUCUCAAGUCGGUAUGAAAAGCCUCAUCUCACCGAAAAAUAACAUCAUAUCAGCCUCGGUUGAGGUAAAUAAACAGUCGGUUUCUAUUUCGCUCUACGAAGGGCUAACCAUCGAAACGUCAGUUCACAAAAUCUUCUUGUUCACCUUGUACUCUUUGAUCUUUGUGUAGGAAGUUAGCCUCACAUCCAUGAGGAUUUGCGUCAGAGACUUGAGUGGAACAGGAAGCAAACACGAUCCUCUGUCGGUUAACUACGUCGUAAUUGGAGGUUUGGAUUUGACUAGAAUGAGUUGGUGCAACCAGUCUGCGGCUUCACUUCGGAAUCUUUCUUUCACUGUGUGGUAACUACCCUUUUGUUUCACAUCCACAGACCUCAAUCCUUGUCUAGACGUGUUCUGCCCGUCAUUCGGAGUCUGCAAAACCUAUAGUGCCCAUGAAGCUCGCUGUGUGUGUAAUGAAAACUGCCCGUCGUAUCAAGAUCCUGUCUGCACGGAAAAUGGAACAUCGUAUGACAAUGAAUGCUUGUACAAAUUGAGCUUCUGCAAGGGAAUAGACAAUAAUACCUUGUAUCAUCCUGGCAGCUGUGAGGGUAAGGUCAUAUUUCUUUAUGAAUGAGCUUUGUCUACCCUUAACAAGGUAAUUUGGUAUUAUCAACUAAGUUAAUAACAUAAAUUGGCCACCGUUGAGUUUCAAAGCUGACGUUUCGAGCUGAGGAAGGGCUAACGCUCGAAACGUUAGCUUUGAAACUCUUAUCAGAGGCAAAUGUACAUUAUCAGCUCAGUUGAUACCGCUUAUUUACCCUGUUAUUCCCUUCCACCGACGCAGCACCACAGUUUCAUUAGAAACUUUCCCCCUUUCUUCAUUUACCUCUAACAAGACACACAAACAAGUUCAAGUUUCCAAAUGUAUACACGGAAUCCCUCAGCAACUUGAGAUAUAACAGCAAAAAUGGUCACUGAGGGCACAGAACUUCAGCUUUUUUAAUCACUGCAGGCUUUCCAAUCGUUCAUGGUCGUAUCAAGCUUCUUCGAAUUCCCAAUUGGUCAGACUCAAGUUGCCAGACAGUGGUAUUCCCACCGUACCGCUUCUAUCCGAACAAAAAGGUUCAAGUACAGAUCACCCUUAAUCAUAUGAACUUGGAUGACUCUGUCACAGUGCACCAUGCUAUCACAUCCUGGACCGAAAGAAUCAAUACACAAAAUUUUACAGUAUGCGCAAUGCAAUCUGGGAGAAAUGGAGACAACUUCAAUCCAUUCGCCACUGUUGAUUGGAUGGCGUACCAAGGAGCACCACCGGAGGGAACGACGGGAACAAUCAAGAUGACAAAAUGGUGGUCAGGAACAAAUUGUGCAAAUGUGACGUUUCCAAAAGUAGGUUUACAUUAAAGUAUAUGUUGGAAUCGUUACUACUUUUUUGUACAACAGGCUCCAUCUCGUUUCCAUGUCAAAAUGAUAAUAACAAAAAUUAUAUUAUGAUAAUGAUACAGUGGACUCCCGUUAUUGCGGACGCCCCCGGGGGGGGGGGGGAAAGAGGUUUGCGAGAGUCCGAAAUAGCGGUUUACGAGAGAAUAAAUUGUUUUUCCCUAAACAUAUGAAGUAAUGUGUAACUACGCAAACACGAAGCUUCUAACAUGGCCUCACCAACCGAAAAAGAUGCGGCCGCAAGCGGGAAAUUCUCAUGUUCGCACCCAAUUGAAGAAUGGUUUCCUUAUUUUCUUUUAUCGUAAUGUCGCUUUAGAUUAUGUGAAUCAGCAUUUUGGACGAAAUACUUAAGUGUCCGCUAAAGUGAGAGAAAAAACAAGUGAAUUGUCGCGCUGGGGGGCAUGAAAUUUUCCACAUUUCCGUAAUAGCGAGAGUCCGUAAUAACAGGAGUAAGUUUCAGUCAUUUCUUUACGAGUCUCGCCGGGAGACUGGCUCCUGUCUGCAAUGAUGAGGUGUCCGUAAUAGCGAGGUGUCCGCAGGGUGAGAGUCGACUGUAGUAGUCAUAUUGAUAAUAAUAAUGAUAAUAAUAAUAAAAAAAAAAUUAUAUAAAAAAAAAAACCGUGAGCAAGAAGUUAAAACAGACAGCAAGUAAUUCAACUCUGAUUUCAGUUUAUUUAUCCAUUUCCACCAAACUCAAAUAAAACUGCGAAACUGUGGCAAGAUAUGUGAUGAAAUGAUUUAUUUCAUGUGCUUAGGACAAGUUUAAGGAUUUACCAGUUGUUCUUGUGACGUCCAAUCACCAUAGAAGUGGAAAGGAACAUGACGCUGCGUUGAUUUGGACAGAGGAUGUAACCGAGAACUCAUUCAAGGCUUGUUUGCGGGAACUGCAAAACUUUGAUGGGAAACAUCAAGAUAUUUAUGUGGUAUGUGAUGUGUUUUGUCUAAAUAUAACAACUGAAAGAUUGUUAAAGAUCUAAGAUUAGGGAUAUUUUGCUUCAGUCCUUUCAAGGCAUAAGCUUGAUUCAUUGGAAAAGUUUGAUGUCUGCAUUUUUGUUUUAGCUUGAUUAGGAUUCUUCCAAAGGUUUUCCCUGUUUCGACAGUUAAAAUAGUUUUUUUUAAUUGUUUGUUGGAUUGAAUUUCAAGGUCCUUUCUGUGUGACAACAAUUGUAACCCAUUACAAUACAAUACUGUACUUACUAGAAGUAAGUCUUUUGUUUUGUACACUGCUUCUUCCCAGAACUGGUUAGCGUUUGCUAACUUGCAUAAGCCGCUCUUCACUGAACACGGUUCUGUAAACUUUCCAAACACGAAUCCACCAACAGAUGAAGACAGCAAUGCUUACUGCGAGGUAAGUGUACGAUGAUCUCAUAAGAAAAAUGUACUUUUGGAUAACAAAUAUUCAAGGAUUCCCCUUUAAGCACCUUUUUUACCUCAUUGAUAGUUUGUGCACUUUACACGAAGUUACAAUGCGACACCAUCUGUCCAGAUAUCAGCGAAUCACAGCACGACAGCAAGUGGAAACUUGGCACCAGUUCAUAACGGUAUUUCAACAUGGAUUGAGGUAAAAAGCUCACUUCUCGGAAAACUUUAAAAUAACACAGGAGAUUGACUUAAAAGUAGAUGAUUGAUUAUCCAUGUCGUUUUCAAUUUCCUAGGAUGCAGUAUAAGACUAUCACGAACGAGAUCGAUAUCACACUCUUAUUUUCCCCUUUCCUAGGAAAACAGCCUAGAAAUAAGGAAAAAAUUUUAAUUAGGAAAUUUUGACUGUUUACAGAAUAUGAAUGAAUCUGGAUUCAGAGUUUGUGUCAAGGAAUUGUACGUGACUAGAUAUGAUCCUCUGUCAGUGGGUUAUGCGGUGCUUAAAGGUUAGUUAUCAUUCCAAAUAAAUCAACUUAAUUUUGGUGGUUUGAUCUCAACAAUAUUUAGAAGGAAAAGAUGCAAAAAUCGUUCAGCAUACUUGUAAAUAUAUGAAUUAUUUCAAUAAUUAGUAAAAUAACACAUUCGUCAUUCGUUUCCAGACAUUUGCGAUCCCGGAUGGAGCUACUUCGAUGGCUUCUGUUACUUCACGAGUGAUACCUGUGCAAAUUGGACCACAGCAGUAAAAAAAUGUAGACAAGAAAACUCAGUCCUUGCUGACGUCAACAACAAUGAAGAAAAUGUUUACAUACAACAUCGCCAUAAUGGAGAGAAAUCCUGGCUGGGUUUAAAUGAUAGAUCAACAGAGGGUGACUUUACUUGGGUGGACCAUGGCCAUGGAAACUUUACAGCCUGGGCCAAGAAUCAGCCAAAUAAUUUCAAAGAAGAAGAUUGUGUGCACGCUCUUGGUGUGAAACACAACUAUGAAUGGAACGACGUGCAUUGUAGUGAGUGUCAUCAGUUUACUUGUAGGAAAGGUUAGUCAAACGUAUUAAAUGAAGCUUUUACGAUAUCAUUUUCACGAGCAAAAUCUAAUUAAUGCUUUACAAUGGUUGGUUGGGUGCCACUUGUGUUAUGAUCCAGUUCUGUCUGGGUUUAUCGAUAUCCUAUCUUCAUUCUUGGAAACUUGAAGAAAGUUGGAAUACUCCACUCCUCCACAUGUCAGUCCAUCACGUGUAAGUCCUAGUAUUUGGCCAUGUUUCUUUUCAGGAUAGUUCACUGAAAACCAUUAUAUCUCCUUGAUGAGGAGAGUUACUGAGAAAGCUGGGUAUAUUGAUUAAUCAUGUGAGUGGACCACUGUGUUGCAGUUUGUAGGCAAGACUCUAGGUACCACCGGUCUAUCAGGGAAACUUCAUAACUUUGUUAGGGGGAAUGGAAGGCACGAAUACCAGCAAUACUCCCAAUAAGUUCAAUGUACGGAAAUACGCUAAGUCAGUAGUGGGAAAUUAAGUUCUCCGUGCUGAAAGAGUGUCAAAUGCUUUAUUUUAUUCCAAUACUAGACUUAGAUGAAUGCCAAAAUGAUCUGGAUUACUGUCACAAACUGGCCACUUGUACAAAUGAACGUGGCUCGUACACGUGCAGGUGUAAAGCUGAAUACUCUGGAGAUGGAUUUGAUUGUUAUCACAUCUAUGCAGGUAAGAUGCGCUGAAAAACAACUUGAAAUACAUUGUUAUGUUCCUUUAUGCCCAAAAAAUUCCUUGGUUAAGUUUGACAAAAAUUUGUCAGUAAAGCAGCGAAGUGAAAGUUUGGCCUUCGUAACUUAAGAUUUUAACUGUAAACUGGCUUUCUUUUCGAACUGUGAAAAACACCUCUGAGCCCUUCAUCAAUCUCAAAAAAAUAAGUUUGGAAGACUGGUUUUUCACUUUUUUCCCGUCCGUGGAAGGUGUUUACCGUACGUGACAGCUGAGCUCAAAAUUUAUCAUAUUAUUCCAAAUGUAUUGAUUGACAUAACGCUUUCGACAUCGCAGAAGUGGACAAGUUUCCUGACUCAUGAGCCUUGUUUAUGCCCUGCGUCACCAACGAAUUCUCUGUAGUUCAGAUGUGUCUUGUUGUUGUGUUAAUGGUUUACGUCUUCUUUAUACAUUAACAUGUAAACACGUUAUAGCAAUAAAAAAGUAUUUUUUAAGGGUGCAAUAAUACUUAUUCCUUUAUUAAGGCCUGGGGUAUUCAGCAAUAUUAGCAAACGAUGGCGGUUACCUUAAAACCCUGAACAAUUGGUUAAGCCCUGUUGUACAGAGCCAGUCCUCUUACUGGAAGCGCUGCUGGCGAGCAUCAGUGGAUGGUUGGGCCAGUACUACCUUCCAUUCAUUGUGCGACAGCAAAGGACCCACAGUGACUAUAAUCCGUGUGGGAAAAUACAUCUUUGGUGGAUACACCAGGAUAUCAUGGAGUAAGUGGAUGAUUGAUUGAAUUUACUUGCCUUCUCUCCUCGCUGAAGUAGAACCAACAAAUUAAAAUCUGAGAUUACAUCUGCUUUCUAAUUAAAAAAAAAAGCAAACAAACAAAACACAUAAACUAAACAAAACAAUGCACUGGGGUCUACGGUAUAUUUGAGUUUUUCAGGUUUUUAACGAGUGUCUUUUUCUGAAUAACUGUUAAAAACGAAUCGGCGCUAGAUGAAUUAUAUGAUCCAUUAGUUAUUGGAGCACGACGCAAGCAAUGUGUGAAAGAAGUGAGGGAUAUGUUCAAAUAGGGUUUUCUUCCUUUGUGCAGGUAGUUGAAACCUGCACUAAUUUUCAACCGGGUUAGGCGAAUUGAAAUAUUUCUAAAUUUUGAAGAAAGUAAAAAAACCUGAAGCUUCCAACGUCAUUUCAGCGAUUAGUUUUCCUCCAGGCUCCUUUGAGCUAAUGGGGAGCAAUUCGAUCUUCCACUUCUGGGCCGAUUCUCGAUCUUUUCAGACUAACUUUCUCGGAAAAUUUUCCAUUUUACAUUCUACUUACGAAUGCUUUAUUGUGAUUGAUGUCAAUGAGUUAAGAAACAUGAGUUGGAAUGAACGCGCAUCGCCCUCGAAUAAACUCCGCCCAUGAAUAUAUGCCGCUUGGGAAGUGCUAAGAUGUAAUUAACGCCGUGGCAAUUAAUCGAGUAAGCACGUUACUAAGAAUAAACCAGUGAGGUAAAUAACUUAGCCUAUCAUGAUAUCCUGUGUACGAGCUGCAGGAUAAAAUAAAAAUGGCUAGAUUUCACGAGACACUGAAAAUUUUAACAGAGAUUUGAAGCGGUGAUUGGUUUGUUCCCUUUAAAAGGAUCGACAGUGAAGAUAUAUUUUGAAUUAUUUACUUCCUAUGCAGUUUCUGGCUGUUCGUGGAAGUACGAUGCAAGUGCCUUUUUGUUCUCAUUGGUCAACAAGCCAGGCUGGGCACCAGUGAAACUAACCCAACAAGGCAAGUAUAGUUAUAGAAGGAUACAUUCCAUAUACAGUUGUUCAAGCUAUGGACCCACAUUUGGUGGAGGACACGAUAUCAACAUUAGGAACCACGCCUCUUCCAACACAAAUUCUUACUCAAACCUUGGAUACACCUACAGUCCACCAUCUGGCCAUAGUUAUACCAGCUCCUUCACCCGAUCAUUCCUGGCAGGAAGUUACAAAUUUCAACCAGAUGAAGUUGAAGUGUUUUAUGAAAGUACUUAA